AUGGAUCAGUUACAAGCUCUCAUCGAGCCUGGACGUCAGUUUGCUAAAGAUUCGAUUCGAUUGGUGAAAAGGUGCACUAAGCCGGACAGAAAAGAGUACCAAAAGAUCGCUGUUGCAACUGCCAUCGGUUUUGCAAUUAUGGGUUUCAUCGGAUUCUUCGUGAAGCUCAUCCAUAUACCUAUCAACAACAUCAUCGUCGGAGCUUGA